UUCUCAUCGUAUGUAUGUAUGCAUCAACCUCUUGUCAAUUAAGUACAUAUAAUAAAUUUUUGCGAUAGGUAGAUUAAUUACUGAUUAAUUAAUCGAGACAUAAUAAAACUGAUAAAACUGAGAAAAUAAAACUGAUUAAAGCAUUUGGUCAAAACAUAGUGCUGAUAUAGUUACUUAAUUGGCUAGACCAGCUUUAAUUAAUAAAAAUUUGUGAAAAACUCAAAAUACAGAAAUCUGAACAAAUAAAUAUUUACAAAUUUCAUUGACUAAAAUUGUUUAACUUCAGUGCAAGUAGUCGUCUCAAAUCGAAAUACGCUUGUUCCUGGACACUAUUUCUCCAGUGAGAAAAAACAUAAAAAACUGGACAGAAUUUGUUAUUUUGCUGGUUUAUAAAAUAUUGUUUGCAUUUUAACAAUUAAAACACUUUAAAUUCGAAGAAAUAUGAGUGAACCAGGAACUUCAAGCAAAAAAAAAACUCAGAGAGAUAAAGUCACUUUCCCACGAAUUGGUGCUUCUUACCGUAUUUGUGAAAUUGGAUCCGCUGAAGAUAUUUUGGGAAUUUCACGCGAUAAGCUGGCUCAUCGAGUCAUGAUAACUGGAACGCAUGGAAUUACAAUGCAAUUUAAUAUUUUCUCAUUACGCUCGGAAAAAACCUGGAAAAUUAGUCCAAAGGAAUUUUCUAGCGCAGUGUUAUAUAAUCAGCAAAUAGACUCGUAUGUGGGAAUCGUCAAUCAUGUAACGCUUCUACACUGGUCGAUAGAUAAGUCGCCAUUUGAGGAGAAUGAUAAAUCAAUUCAGCUCCCAAAAAGAGCUGACCGUAUAAUAAAUAAUCAAAAUGGACAAAUUUUUAUAAUUUUCGAAACUGGCCAAAUUACGUCGUUGGAUACAAUUCUACAAGGAGAAUAUGUGGAGCGCCAGGGAGUUAAUGUUCCUCCAAGUAAAAUUAGAGACGCAUUGGCAAUAUCAGAUAGUGCUGGUCGAGAUUGUGUACUAUUUGCAACAUCGUUUGAGAAGCCUGAACGAGGUACCUCGUCCUCGUCGAAUGAGAUACGAUUUUAUUUAACGGAUGUCAAGGACAAUGAAACUAUCUCCCGAGGCAGCAUGAACCCUGUCAAUCUUAAGCACUCGGCAAUUGGAUUCUGUCUGCAAAAUAACUGCCUGCCAAUAUAUUUAGGUAGCGAUUUGAAAAUAUACCAGCAUCAAAUGAAACCGGAGAUUCUCCCGAAAAUGCUGACUCAUCUCAAAGACCGUCCUACAUUGAUCAGGUCAACAGGCGAUCAUGUUCUGAUUUGCCAACAAAUUUCAGACAAAAUUAGUUUAAAGGUUUAUCAGACUUGUGAUCUGGACUGCGCAAUUUAUGAGCGUGAGCACAAGGCUAGUUUCCCACACGAUAUCCAAAUUAUAGAUGACAAUAUAUUUUUCAUCAUGAGAACAGAGAUUAUGCUGUUUCGUCUUAUUCGAAAAUUUUCCGUGGGAAAGGAUAUCGGAUUGACUUCUAGUGGACCAUUUUGCUCACCUUGUAACGUACAAUUCUUAGCCAAGGAAAGCUUGAAGGACCAUCAAAAUUCAUCAGAAUGUAAGGAAUAUAAACCAAAAUGUCGAUCUCUACAGAAAUUAGUUUUGUAACAGACAUAUCCAAAAGACAAUUAGAGACGAGAUGAAGAUUUAAAAGUAAUUCGUCCUCAACAGUAAUUUAUUUUUAUGGUAGAUUUGUCAACAAUAUUGAUACUAAUUUAUAUUAGUUGUUUUGUAACCAGUUCCACAUUAUUACUCUCUGUUUAUUUAUAUACUUGUAUGAAUGGAGUCCAAUACUAACAGUUAGAAUUUUGGAUUUUUUGCAUGCCUCUAAUUAAGCCUGUAAUUAUGCCUCUAAUUAAUUUAUUCGAAUCAAAUCAAAAUCAAAUUUUAUAAUCUUUUUCAAAUCAAAAUCAAAUCAAAUAUUCUCCUCUACGAAUUAAUUCUAAAUAUAUCACUAUUAUACAUAAUUCGCAACAAGUUCGAAUAAUAUAAAUUAAAAAUAUUACUUA